AUGGUUGUGAUUGUAGAGUUAUGCAGACUCGCCAAAGGGCUGGGUUCGCGGCAGCAAGCCGUUGCAACGGCUCAAGUCUAUAUGAAAAGAUUUUAUACGAAAGUCGACUUUCGACAGACAAAUCCAUUUCUUGUCAUGGUCACGGCGUUUUACCUGGCCUGCAAGAUGGAAGAAUGUCCCCAGCAUAUCCGGAUGGUGACUAACGAAGCCCGGCAACUAUGGCCAGAAUUCAUUACAAGCGACCCGGCCAAGAUUGGGGAAUGUGAAUUUUACCUCAUCUCCGAAAUGCACUCACAGUUGAUUGUGCACCAUCCAUAUCGGACUGUGUUGGAGCUGAGCAAAGCGCUAGAAUUGACGACAGAGGACGUCAACCAGGCCACAAAUCUUAUAAGUGAUCAUUACCAGACAGAUCUACCGCUUCUCUAUCCACCACACAUCAUCGCAGUAAUGGCUAUUCUCCUCGCCGUGAUGUUUAGCGGCAGCGGCGGCGGUCAACGCAAUGCAUAUAUAUAUGGUUCGCUGUCAUCAUCAGGCACAUCUUCAAUAGCUGCGUCACUUAGAGAAGGUGGCAUGGGAGUGGCGCUUUCUGCAUUUGAAUCGGGCACAGCCGCACAAGGCGCAAGACCAGAUCCAAGGAUCCAGAAGAUCGUUAACUGGCUGGCCGAAAGCGAGGUUGAUAUCCGGGCAGUCAUUGAAUGUACGCAGGAGAUGAUAUCACUGUACGAGCUUAUGGAAGGGUUGAAUAUUCAACAUUGCAAGGAAAUCAUCUCAAGGAUGACCAAGAAUAGAAACGCAGAUAAGUGA